AUGUCGAAUAUGUACAAAUUAAGUGAUCCAUUUUUAAUAUUUGCCUCGAAGACUGAUGGGCAUUCAUUAAAAUAUUUGUACACAAAAUGCCAAGAUUUAAAUGACUAUCCAGUUCUCUUGGUGAUCUAAACAAAUUAAAAUAUUAUAUUUGGUGCAUUUUGUGAUAAGAUGUUGGCUGUGAAGAACAAGUAUGUAGGCUCUGGUGAAACCUUCCUCUUCACUUUGUCACCAGAAGAGAGAAAAUAUAAUCCAACAUCAGGUAAUAAGGAUUUUAUGAUGUGUGCUCCAGACUAUUUAGCAUUUGGAAGUGGAAAAAAUGGACCAGCAUUUUAAAUUGAUUCAGAGUUGAAUAGAGGGUUUACUUAUCAGAGUGAUACUUUUGAUAAUCCAUUGUUCACAGACUAGAAAACUUAAAAUAGAUUCAAAUGCUUAUGCAUUGAAGUUUAUUAUCUAAAAUGA